AUGGUCCGUUUCGUGACCUCUCUCUCCCUCCUGGCCCUCUCCGCCACGGCCUGGGCUACCACUACUUGCAGUGCUAGCAGCCAGUGUCCUAAGGACAAGCCCUGCUGCUCCCAAUAUGGCGAGUGUGGUACCGGCGCAUACUGCUUGGGUGGUUGCGACCCCCAGGCCUCUUUCGCCAUUGACGCGUGUGCUCCUAUGCCUGUCUGCCAGAGCAAGAGCUACACCUGGGAUAACCUCGACAACUCCGUCUUGAACACCAAGUACCUCGGCAACACUACCGACGCCGACUGGACUUACUCUGGUUUCCCCAAGACUGAGAAUGGCUCUCUCCUCAUGACCAUGCCCAAGGAAUCUGUCGGAACUCUCUUCGCUAACAACCACUACAUCUGGUACGGCAAGGUUUCCGGAAAGAUCAAGUCCAGCCGCGGCAAGGGUGUUGUUACUGCAUUCAUCCUACUCUCCGAUGUCAAGGAUGAGAUCGAUUACGAGUGGGUCGGUGCCGAUCUCACUGAUGUGCAAACCAAUUACUACUGGCAGGGUGUUCUCGACUGGCACAACAGCGCCAACGCUACCUUCAGCGGCGAUGACAGCUUUGACGACUGGCACACUUACGAGAUCGACUGGCAGCCCGACCAGCUCCAGUGGAUCAUCGACGGCGAAGUUAAGCGUACCCUGAAGAAGUCCUCCACCUACAACGAGACCUCCAAGCAGUACCAAUACCCCCAGACUCCUUCUCGUCUCCAGAUGUCUCUCUGGCCCGCCGGUCAGUCCAGCAACGCCGAGGGUACCAUCGCCUGGGCUGGUGGUGAGAUCGACUGGGACAGCGAGGACAUCAAGGACAAGGGUUACUACUACGCUACCAUCGGCCAGGUUGACGUGCAGUGCUACGCCACCCCCGACGGCAUCACCACCAAGGGCAACACCUCAUACGUCUACACCUCCAGCGACGCCAUGGAGUCCGAUAUCGAAGUGACCAGCAACUCCACCAUCCUGGGCUCCUUGGGUGCCACCGGUCUCGACCCCACUCUCGGUGCCAACAGCUCUUCUUCCGCCACCAGCAGCGGCAGCGACAGCGUCCCCACCAAUUCCAGCGGUGGCAGCGGUAGCGCCGGUAACAGCACUACCUCUACUGGUUCUGGAUCUGGAUCCAACUCCGGCUCUGGCUCCGGUACCUCCACUGAGUCCGGUAACCCCUCUUCCACCUCCAGCUCUUUCAGCCAAGGUACUAGCAGCAGCGCCGCCAACCCCAGCGACCGUGUCCUGAGUGGCUCGCUCUUCGCAGUCCUGGUUGCUGUUGGUGGUCUGGUGACGCUGUAA